GUUGCCGGGGGCAAAGGUUGAGAAGCUGGAAGUUCUGUACAACAAGGCUUUCACAUAGGGGAGCUGAAAACAGCCAGGGCCCAAAACACUUUCUGUCAAGAAGUAGCACUAAAUGUAGGUGCAGAAUAUUGUUCCUUCCCUUACUAAGCUCCUUAUAUGAAACAGUGGAGAGCAUGUGGCUGCAGUCCUUCGUAUGUCUCAGAAUUUGUGGACUGGUUCUGGCCUUUAUACAAGCUGUUGAUAACUCCAAGAAAGCUGAGGAGCUUCAAGACAAUUCUGACCCUUCUCAACUACACAGGAUUGUUUAUAACCCACCAAAGCCCGCUGGUGAUGUUUAUUUUGUGGCCUCCUUUGACACAGAAGGUCUUGAAAGUUGGGUAAUAUCUGAGGCAACAAAGGAUGACACUGAUGAGACCAAAUAUGAAGGAAUGUGGGCUGUGGAAGAAUCUUAUGACAAGAAAAUUCCAGGAAACAAAGGACUGGUGUUGAAGUCCCCUGCCAAGCACCAUGCUAUUGCUGCCCACUUGCAGAAACCCUUCUCUUUCAAAGACAAACCCCUCAUUGUGCAGUAUGAAGUAUAUUUCCAGAAUGGAGUUCAGUGCAGUGGUGCCUAUCUGAAGUUGCUAUCAGAAAACGAUCAGCUUGAUCUGAGGAAGUUCAAUGAUAAAACCCCAUACAGCAUCAUGUUUGGACCAGACAAGUGUGGCCAGGACUAUAAAUUGCACUUCAUCUUCAGGCAUAGGGAUCCAGUAACAGGUGCAUAUGAGGAAAAGCAUGCCAGGAAACCAGACGUGGACCUCCAGAGUUACUUCGACGAUAAAAGACCUCACCUGUACACACUAAUUUUGAGACCAGACAACAGUUUUGAGAUGCUGAUUGAUGAAAGAUCUGUGAGUAAAGGAAACCUCCUUCAGGACAUGACACCCUCUGUAAACCCUCCCAAAGAAAUUUCAGAUCCCAACCAUCAAAAGCCUGAAGACUGGGAUGACAGGCCUGAAAUAGCUGACCCAGAGUCCGUGAAACCCAAUGACUGGGAUGAGGAUGCUCCCCGCUAUAUUCCUGAUCCCACUGCUGAGAAGCCUCUUAACUGGCUGGAUGACGAGCCAGAAUACAUUCCAGAUCCGGAAGCUACAAAACCUUCAGACUGGGAUAUAGAAAUGGAUGGUGAAUGGGAAGAACCAAAGAUCCCAAACCCUCUGUGCAAGUCUGUAGGCUGUGGAACGUGGAAACCUUCCCCAAUCCCCAACCCGGCCUACAAAGGCAGAUGGAAAGCACCGAAGAUUGCCAAUCCCAAUUAUAAAGGAGUAUGGACACCUCGAAAGAUACCUAACCCAAACUAUUUUGAAGAUUCAAACCCAUUCCAAAUGAUUUCAAUCAGUGCCAUUGGACUGGAACUCUGGUCACUCACCGACAACAUUAUGUUUGACAACUUUAUUAUUUCAUCUGAUGAGGAGAUUGUCAAGCAGUGGGUGAAGGACUCUUGGGCACAAGCAAAGGCAAUAUAUGAUGCAGAUGGACCUGACUUGAUCAUGCAACUCAUUUUGGCAGCAGACAAGCGCCCGUGGCUCUGGGGAGUCUAUGUGUUCACAGUUGCCUUACCAGUGAUCUUAUUCAUUAGCUUUGUUUGGCCAGAUAAGCGUUUUGGGCCCCCUGAUGAUUAUUACUACAAGAAGACUGAUGAUGUGCAGGUCAACGAUGAUGAAAAACUGAUUACAGAGGGCCAGUCUCAGCAGUCAGGUAACCCUUUCCAUGAUCAACAAGGGAUGGACAAAGAAAGUGCCCAGAGACAAAUGAAAGCAGAAUGGGAAAUAUCUGCACAGGCACAAGGGAGUGGUGACUCAGGCCUAGGGCAGAUUCCGGUUAAGGAGGCCCUGCGACACCGCACGACCAGGCCGGAGUAACGUGCAGAGGAUUCAUCACAGCUAAAAGAAAGACUUUUACACAUUUCCAAUUGACAACCUGACCAGAGCUUCACUGAAAAUCUUUGGAUAUUUCUGAAGAUCUUGAUUUUUAUUAAUGUGGUCUUUUUUCUUGUUUUUUUUAAUGAAAAACAGGGGUUACCUGGUUUUAUUUGUCAUAAUAUGAUAAAAGUAGUCUUCUUAUUUGAAUUUAUAGUUUUCCUGGAAAUACUAGAUAGGGUAAAACCUUACACAUUAUUUCAAGUUGUGAUAAAAUUAAAUAUUUUUUCUUCUCUACA